CGGGCUCUCGCCGCGCGGGCCUGUGGAGGUCCAAAGGGUUCGCCGGCGCUCUCGGGGACUUCUCCCUGGUGACUCGGCGUCCUGAGCUAGAAGAGAAAGAUUAAAAAAACAAAAGCCUUUGAUUCAUCAUUAAUCUGCUCAGUGAGAAGUAUAUAUCAAGCCACUGGUUGAAUUUCCAUCAAAUGGGUGAAGGCAAGAAUGGAAAAGAAGGCUGUUGACUCUAGGUCAUUGAGGGAUAGUAUGGUUAAAAAACCUUACUCUCAAAAGGCACUGCCCACCAAGAAGUCUUCCAACACCUCUGGGAUCCGGAGGGUAUUACCUAGAACCACUCAUCCAGUACAGUAUGUCACCUCACGUACUUGGACCCGGCAGGGCCGGCUAAGAGCAUUGCGACUCAGAUGCGUGGCCAGAAAGUUCUUGUAUUUGUGGAUUCGAAUGACUUUUGGAAGAGUAUUUCCCUCUAGAGCCAGGUUCUACUAUGAGCAGAAAAUACUACGUAAGGUCUUUGGAGAAUGGAAGGAAGAGUGGUGGGUUUCCCAUCGAGAGUGGAAACUCUGUGUUCGAGCAGACUGUCACUACAGGUACUACCUGUACAGCCUGAUGUUCCACACCUGGAAGGCCUACGUGCGUCAGCGGCAGGAGAUGAGGAGAAAACACAUCAGAGCUGAGGACCACGAUGCAAAGCGAAAGAUGCGAUGGGCCUGGAAAUCCUGGUUGAUCCACGUGGUGGUUCGGAGGACCAAACUCGAGAUGCAGAUGACUGCUCAGGAGUUGAGGCAGCGGAGCAUGCUAUGGGUGUGGUGGGGCAAGUGGAGGCAGCAACUAGGCGAGGUCCGCGUGAGCCGCGCACUCGAGGCUGUAGCCGUAAAGCACAGGACCCUGAUCCUUCAGCUGCAGGCUUGGUCACGGUGGCAGGAACAGCUCUUGCACAGGCAGAGGGAGAGGGAGAAGGUGGUCUCUGCCGUGCGACACCAUCAGCAGUGGCAAAAACAUAGGUCCCUGAAGGCUUGGCUUGAAUACCUGCAUGCCCGCAGAGCGAAGACUCAGCAGAACGAGAUGGCGGCGCGAUUCCACCGUGUCACCGUGCUCCAGAUACACUUCUGUGACUGGCAGUGGGCCUGGGAGCGGAGGCAGAGCUUGGCUGCCCAGCAGGCUCUGGUGGAGGAGCUGGCCAGGAAGAUGGUGCUGCGCAGGGCCUUGACACACUGGAAACACUUUGUGCUGCUGUGUGCAGAGGAAGCUGCCCAGUGCCAGGCAGCGGAAGAGCACCACCGACUCAGCCUGCUGCAUUUUUGCUUUAGAGCCCUAAAAGACAAUGUGACCCGAGCCCACUUCCAGCGGAUCAGAAAGAAUCUGGCUCACCUGCAGCAUGACACCACGCUGCUGCGCAGGUUCUGGAGCCUCUGGCAUUACCGGAUCGAGCAGAGGGAAGAGCGAGAGAAGCUUCCUUUGCUGCAUGCAGCCUGGGUCCACUACAGGGUGACAUUGCUACGCAAGUGUGUCAGAUUGUGGUUGCAGUACACUCAGAAGAGGCGACACAAGCAGCUACUGCAGGCCACAGCAGAUAGCCACUUCCAGCAGAGAGCCCUGUCCGCUGCCUUCCACACAUGGAGCCGACUCUGGCGACAGCACCAGCAGGAACAUGUCCUUAGUGCACAAGCAGUGCGUUUUCACAGGGGGACAGUAGAAAAGCAGGUCUUUGCUAUCUGGUGGCAGAAGAUGUUUCAGCAUCGAGAAAACCGCCUGGCAGAGAGAAUGGCCAUCCUUCAGGCAGAGCGGCACCUUCUGCAGAGGUCCUGGUCCAUGUGGCACCAGCAGGCAGCAGCACGUCGCCAGGAGCAGGAGUGGCAAGCGGUGGCCUGUGCCCACCACCAGCAGGGGCAGCUUAGGAAGGCCUUCUGGGUCUGGAGGGAGAGCGCCCGAGGGCUUAGGACAGAGAGGACAGGCAGGGCACGGGCUGUGUGCUUCCACUCAGUGCGGCUCCUGCGUUGGGCCUGGAGCAGGUGGAGGGAGUGCCUGGCCCUGCGGGCUGCUGAGCAACAGCAGCUGAUGCAAGCGGACCUGCGUGGCCAGAGGAUCGCGCUGCGCAGGGCGCUGCGGAAGUGGCUGGCAUACCAGAGCAGGGUGCGGAGUGUGCUGCAGGAGGUGGCAGCCAGGGAGAGCCAGCACAACAGGCAGCUGCUGCGGUGGGUGUUACGUCGCUGGAGACAGAACACUGUGGCCCGUGUGGAUGAGGCCAGAAAGUGCUCUGAAGCAAGUGUCCACUACAGAAGAACUCUGUGCUCCAAGGUCCUGGUCCGGUGGCGGGAGGUGGCAUCGGUGCAGAUACAUUGCCGACAGUGGGAAGCGGGUGCCCUCAGGGAAGCCCGGAAGGUUCUGGAUAGGGGUCGUCUCCGGACCUGGUUUCGGCACUGGCGGGAUUGCAGCCAGAGGGUCGCCCAGCAGAGGGCCCAGCUGGAGCGGGCAGCCCAGUGUCGCCGCCGGCGGCUGCUGCUGGAGGGUGUGACGCGGUGGAAGACACACCAUCUGGGCUGCGUCAGGAAAAGGCUCCUGCAGAGGCAGGGCACCCAACUCCUGGCGCAGAGACUCACCCGGACCUGCUUCUGCCAGUGGAGACAACAGCUGGCGGCCAGGAGGCAGGAGCAGCAGAGCACAGCACGGGCCCUGUGGUUCUGGGCGUUCUCGCUACAGGCAAGGGCGUGGACGGCAUGGCUGGGCUUCGUGCUUGAGAGGAGGAGGAAGAAGGCGAGGCUGGAGUGGGCUGUGCAGUUCUACCACCGGCAGCUCCUGCAGGAGGGCGCCACGCGGCUCCUGCGCUUUGCGGCCAGCUUGAAGGCCUUCCGGCAGCAGCUGCAGGCCCAGCAGCAGAUGCAGGCGGUGCACAGUCUUCACCAUGUAGUCCGCCGCUGCGCUGAGCACUGGAAGCAGAAGGCGCUGGGCCAGGGCAGGGAGUCUCGGCCCCCAGCACCCAUCACCACCAGGAGAGUGACCUUUGAGGGGCCCCUUCCCAACCACGAUGCUGCUGGGGCUGGGGAUGCCACCCUGGAGACCAAGAGGCGGCGAGCUCGUCCUCAGGGAGCCCUGGGGAGCCUGGUGCUGCCGGCCGGGGAGCCCUACCUCCUGGAGCUCAAUGCUGCCCGCUCAGCAAGGAAGCAGCCACGACGCCCUCACUUCCUGCUGGAGUCCACGCAGAGCCAGAGGUCCCCGGGGUAUAGCCCCCUCCCAGGACAGGGGCUGGAGAAGUGUCAGGAAUGGGGCCGAGGCAUCCGGCCAGCAGGCCCUUCCCUGCCGAGGCCCCUCCUGUCUGGGGCCCCGAGCGCCCCUGGCCCGGAGCUGCUGCUGCCCCCCUCCUCCUUCACGGCCCGUGGGGCAGGAGGCCUGGCCAGGGUGAGUCCUCCACACCGCCUGUCGCCGCUCUGCUGCUUUGCAUUGGCUUUCAGUGCUCGUCCUCGUGCCCUUGCACUGUCACCAUGCUGGCCAGGGCGGGUUCAGAAAGCCCUCCGCUGCUGGGGCUGGCACGCCCACUCCUUGCAGGUGUCAGCGCAGCCCACAGCCACUGGGCCGAAGCUCCGGGCGCCCCCAUCCCUAGCCGGUGGUUCUGACCCCCAUCUGCUCCUCCCUGGAGACUUCACGGGCACCAGGCCUGAGCAUGGCUCUGCAGCUGCAGGACAAGCGGAGCUUGAGGCUGAGCUGGAGGGGAUUCAGCAGCAGUUACAGCGCUACCAGAGCACCAAGUACAACCUGUGGUCCUGCCAGCGACAAGCCAGCAGCCUGCGUAGAUGGCUGGAGCUGAGCCAGGAGGAGCCCAGGCCUGAGGACCAGGAUGCCGAGCAGCAGGUGCAGAAAGAACUGGACGAGGUGGAACUGCAGAUCCAGCGGCUCGCACAGGACCUCCAGGCCCAGCGCCAGCCCGUUCGGGCCUGCAUCACCUGCGUCCAGGCCCUGCGGCGGCUCUGUGCUGACCGGGGCGCCAAGGCGGACAGGCAGCCUUCGGGCCGCCGCCGAGAUCAGAACACAAAACUACCAUGAGUUGUAUUUUUUAUUUCAAA